AUGUCAUCUUCUUCAUCUUUUGAAGAAUUUCAAGUUAUUUUUAAUGUCGCUAUUGCGUGUGCUCAAAUGGCAGAACAAACAUACGAUGUUUUAUGCAAUAAAGCAGCUGAAAGUUCUCAACGGAGAGCACGAAGAUAUAUUUUCAGAAAUCGUGAAGAAGCCAACCAACGUUUGGCGCUUGAGAAUGUUCAAAGGUGGGAAAGUAGGAUUGAAAGUGUGAAAACCAUAAUUACUCAAGCUCCUGAAAUAGUAAAAGCUUUGCGUAAACUUGUUGAAGAAGAGACAGACAUAAAGAUCAUAAGUGAAGCUACUUGUCUAGGAGAGUAUGAACUUGGCAGAUUUGACUUUAUAACAGGUAUGGUUAUAUGGUAUCAUAUAUUGGCUAAAGUAAAUAACUUGAGCAAACAACUUCAGUCUGAGACUAUGCGUAUUGAUGAGACAAUGAGUAAUGUGGGAGCACUUGUUGAGUUUUUUAAAGACUAUCGAGAGAAUGGAUUUGGGAAGGCUUUGGAUUGUGCGAGAGCUAUAGCUUCUGAUUUGGAAAUUUAUCCAGUGUUUGUUGAGAAAAAUAAUAAAAGAAAAGUUGUUAGAAAAAGACAUUUUGAUGAGAAUGACAUUAGGUCAUCAGAGCCGGUUCAUGAACUUUCACCUCAAGAGUCAUUUAGGAUUCAAUAUUUUGUGUACAUAAUUGAUCAAGCUAUUGGUUCAUUGGAGCGAAUGUUUGAGCAAUACAAACAAUAUGAAGACAUUUCUGGUUUCUUAUUCACAACAGAAAAGUUGAAGUCAAUGAAUACUAUCGAGUUAAAGUCAUGUUGCAAAAAUCUGGAAAAGAGGCUGCAAAAUGGUCAUAUCUCAGACAUUAAUGUUGAUGAUUUAUUCAACAAAAUGGAGUUGUUACAAAAACAUUUACCGGCUGAACACAAUACAGCUAACGGAAUACUAAAUUUCCUAAAAAUGAUGAACACUUAUCCAAUUUCUUGUCUAGCAUACAGAAUAUUGUUGACUGUUCCUAUUACAGUUGCAUCAUCGGAAAAAAGUUUUUCAAAACUAUAUCUUUUAAAAUUUUAUUUGCGUUCGACCAUGUCUCAAGAGAGAUUAAACGUUUUGGCAUUGAUUUCGAUUGAGAAUGAAUUUCUUGAUUAUGAAAGUCUCAUAGUAGAUUUUUCUUCUAAAAAUGCUAGAAGUUUUACAGUUUUAGUUGAUUACUAA